UCAACAGUUUGGUCAUUGGCUAAUUUUGAUCUAUAAACGUUAUGGAGAAAGAUCAUGAUUGGUAAUAUAAUAGUUAUUUACAACAUGAUCAGGAAUCUUGAUUCCACCCUCUUGAUCUUAUUUCUUCUAUUUCAUAGGCUGCAGCAUCUUUCAUCACAAGAUGUAGGAACCAACAGUUCCCAACCCAUUUGUCCCACCUCUUUUUCCUGUUCAAACCUUGGCCCCGUGAGCUUUCCGUUCUACGCUUCUGGUAAUUCAGCAUGUGGAUUGUGCGAGGUUGAUUGCAACCAACUAGUUCCGAAGAUUCGACUGACACAAGACUACCCAUCCUAUGAUCUUGUCCGGGUCAUGCCAGGCAGUACUAGUAGUCCUUUUGUUUUUGUUCGAGACAACUAUUUUUCAAACCAAAUAACUAACAAAAGUUGUGAUUCGUUGACGUACAGAUUCCCUCCCAAUUCAUCAUCUCUCUCUUAUAACAUCUCUCCCACCCUUUCCGUAUUGAGAUGUGUAAAGACUCUAGGACUCGUUGACAGCUAUUUCCGUGCCGUUGGUGAAUAUUAUGUUUUCGAUAAGUGUGAUGAUUAUAACUAUUAUUACACAUAUUCAAAUGGAUAUAUAUCAUCCAACACCAAUCUACCGCUUUCCUGCUCAGUGGUUGUUUUGCCGGGAAAUUCUCCGUAUACACUUCCAAAAGAAACAGAUUUCAAUGACCUCUUCCAACUGUUGACCUCUGAGCUUAAUCUUGUAGUGCAAGUAUCUGACAGGUGUCAGGAAUGCCACAGGAGAGGAGGGCAGUGUUCGAACAAGAACCAAGAGUUUUGGUGUAAAUACAGCACCCGCAACACCAAGAAAGAAAAUCCAAGAAACACCGUGAUAAAAUCUGCAUUAGCAAGCUUAGCGAUCGGGACUGCAAUUAUAUUGAUCUUGCUAGUGUUAUGCUACAGAUUCAAGAUCUUCUCUAAGCGUGAUGCGGAAAACUAUUCCAACUUGGAAGCUAUCAUCAAGACACAUGAAUCUCUAGCUCCAAAACGCUACUCUUAUUCACAUGUGAAGAAGAUGACCGACUCCUUCAAAGUAAAAGUAGGUGAAGGAGGCUAUGGUUCUGUAUACCGAGGGAAGUUACAAAAUGGCAACGACGUUGCAGUCAAAGUUUUAAACGAAUUGAAAGGUAACGGGGAAGAUCUAGUCAAUGAGCUAGCAAGCAUUAGCAAGACUUGUCAUGUUAACAUCGUAAGUCUAGUAGGCUUCUGUUUUGAGCGCCGUCACAAAGCUCUGAUCUAUGAGUAUAUGCCUAACGGGUCACUCGAGAAAUAUAUCUAUAAUCCAAGUACAACAACAGGUAGUCAACUAGAAUGGAAGAAGUUGUACGAUAUUGCAGUCGGCAUUGGUAGAGGACUAGAGUACUUGCAUCGCGGUUGUAAUACUAGAAUUCUGCAUUUUGACAUAAAGCCGCACAAUAUUCUUUUAGAUAAAGAUUUGUGUCCUAAAAUAUCUGAUUUUGGGCUCGCGAAGCUAUGUCCAGAGACAAGAAGUGUUGUAUCUAUGUCGGGUAUGCGAGGAACACCUGGUUAUAUCGCACCGGAAGUAUUUUCCAGGAACUUUGGAGUGGUGUCCCACAAAUCAGAUGUGUACAGCUACGGGAUGAUGGUGUUAGAAAUGGUGAGGGGGCGAAGGAAUGUGGUGGUUGAAGAUGACGACACUAGUAACAUGUACUUUUUUGAUUCCGUAUAUAAGCAAGUUGUAUCCAACAAAAAUCUUGUACUGAGUGGCGUGUUAGACGUGCAGGAUAAAGAAGUAGCGAAGAAGAUGAUCUUGGUAGGCUUAUGGUGCACACAAAGUGAUCCUUCAAGUAGACCAUCAAUAAGUAAGGUGUUGGAUAUGUUAGAAGGGGAUUUAAAGUCCAUACAAAUUCCCCCAAAACCUUUUAUGUAUUCCACUUCAAGAUCACCAGAUUCCCGACAUUAAACUGUAUACGGUUUUAUGGUUUCAAUCUUGUAUGUACAAAAAUUUAACCAGGUUUUUUUUUGUUUAUAAAUGUAAAGUUCCUGGAUGUUUUGUAUAGACAUAUUUCUCAAUAAUUUUUGUUGACAACUUAUUUGUUGCUUCAAAGAAAAAA